AUGUCAGCCAAAGAGCUCUUGGCCGAUACUGAUCCGCCAAUACUUCUCCUGUACGCGCAUCAUGCAUUUCGGCAAUUGGAUGAUCGUGAGAAGUUGUAUGCUCAUUACAUGAGCCAGGCUGCGCAUCAUGGCGCCCGAAUCAUCAUGAAUCAAGUCUCCCCUGAAUCUGAAGCCAUCUUUGACCUCAUUGCUGCACUUGCAAACUUCUGUGGCGGAGAUUGGGAAAGUCUAGCGGUCUCAGCCGGACUUGGUGAAGCGGCGUUGAAACCAUUCCUCGAAUACGCGUCCACGUUCCUAGACAGUGUCGGGAAUUAUCGAGGCUAUGGCGAUACAAAAAUCCUCCCGCGCAUUGCAACCCGCGAUUUUGAACAACUCUGUUCCGUUUCCGAACGCACUCAAGAGCUGUUCUGUCAGUUGAAGGACGCCAUUUACGGACCGAUACCCUCAAGGUUGGGGUUCCCAUCGGAUAAUGCAAUGAGUGCAUUUUACCCAGACUCCCCAAGCAUUACGGAGAACGAGAUCAAGACUGUACAAGAGGCUUUGCUUGGUCAGGGAAUGUCCCUGCAGAACACCCGGCUCAAAAAACUCUCGGGCACGAACGGCGGUGCCGUUUUUGAGGUUUUGGUUGCCUCUGUCAACAAGACCUCUCCAGAAGGGACAACAACUGUGCUCUCGCUUCCGGAUCGAGUUGGCACUAUUCACCUCGUCUACGGUGAUUACUCUGUCCACUUGAAGAAAGUCUGCGAUAGCCUAGAAUUGGCGAAGCAGCAUGCUACUGACGGCCUCCAACGCGAAUAUCUUGAACACUCGAUCCUCUCUUUCCAGACUGGCAGUAUAGAAAGUCACAAGGAGGCAAGUAUCAGGUGGGUCCAGAAUAGCAGUCCGACGGUUGAAACCAUCAUUGGCUUUACUGAGUCUUACCGUGAUCCAAUCGGAGUGCGCUGCACAUGGGAGACUUUGGUAGGACUCCAAGAUAAGUCUCAAAGCGAAGCUUUUGAUAGGGCUGCUUCUCGGGCAAUGAGGUACAUUCUGCGGCUUCCCUGGACCGGUGAAACUGGCGGUGCCUCACAAGGGCAACCAGGAGGGUUCGAAAAUUCGGAAUUCCAUCGGCCUGACUUCGUUGGGCUAGAGAUCUUCACCUGGAGCUCGGCGAAUAUGUGGACAGGCGUAAGCGGCCCACAGUAUCGUGACGUGAAACAAAGAUACGGAAAGAAACACUUCACGAUGACAAACAGAGCUAACGCCGUCAACCCGUUGGCAAAAUUCCCAUUUGUCAAGUCCAACGAAGUCAGUGAGUACGUCCGCCUGAGGAUGAUCUCUUUCAAUACGAUACUUGCGAUCCAUGAACUGUUCGGACAUGGCUGCGGCAAGUAUCUAUCCGAGGUUGAAGAUUCAGUUUUCAAUUUCGACUCCAAAUUCCCUCCAACAAAUCCUCUCACUGGUAAACAAGUAUCCACUUGGUAUAAGCCAGGUCAAAAUCCAAAAUCGGUCUUUGGAGGCAUAUACCCCAGCUACAAUGAAUGUUUCGCCGAGUCUGUUGGGCUCUACUUGAUGUCCGAAGAGGAUCUACUCAUCGAUCUCGGUAUCAUUGGGCCACACACGGAUGUCAAAACUGCUGAUCUCAUCUACAAUGCGUAUCUUCUGAUUGUCAACAUGGGGAUCGAGGGCCUCUUGACAUUUGAUCCGGAAUCCAAUAAAUGGAACCAAGCCCAUGCCAGAGUCAAAGCUUGA